GCGCUGACAAUUCUAGCUGCCAUGACAACACUUUCUAAGACUGUGGUUCACUGAUGUUAGAGGGUGGUGUUUGGAUUAAAACAACUCAGAUACUACUGACUGUGACAAAUGGGGGGGUGGGCAGAGUUAUAUAUACCACACUAUCUAGUCAGCGAUGCGCCGCAGCCUCUAACUAUUUGUAAACAAUUAAAAGGAAAUCAACGACAGGAAAUCUUGCUCUCCCGCUGACACUGACUGGGAUCAUUCUGCAGUUGUAUCCUUUGGGGGGUGCGCGGCUGUUGCUUUGCUUGGUUUCAACACACACAGCCAAACGCAGGACCGGGAUCAUCUUACACUGCGAUUUAAUUUUUGGUGAUUUCGUAUUGUUGGCGUUUCAAGUGAACAUCUCCUCUACAUCAACGCGAAGAAGUUGAAGAUUUUGACUUUCCUAACUAGCGCGUUGCUGCGGCGAUUACAUUUUAAAUGCGCGGGGGUGUGGAUUGCGAUUUCUGAAGUCUUAGAAACUUACAGGAAGGAGGAACAGUGGUUGUUGUAACGGCAGGAUUUGUUUGUAAUUGCAUUAGGUUUUUGACUUUGUGUCAUCAUUGCCCUUGAAGAAAAAAGACGCAUUUAGUGUUUAUUUCAGCAGCGCAGGAGGAAUAAUUUAUUCAAUUUAGAUGCUGCAUUUGGAGUAAAGAACUGCAUUUAUUUAAAAUAAUUUUCAACUGGAGUUUUUUUUUUUUUUUCUCGUUCUAACGGGAUUUGCGUCCCCACUUUUCUCAGACUGGGCGCUUGUUCUGAACUGACAAUGAGUGUUUGUGGCUGUUUUGUGAAAUCCUGGAGGUGCCUGCUUGUACUGUCUCUCAGACUGCUGUUUCUUGUACCUGCAGGAGUGCCCGUGCAGAGCGGGGACACCUCGCCUUUCAACAGAGUGAUGGACAAUCUCACUGUCAGACAGGGAGACAGCGUCUUGCUCAGAUGUGCAAUCGACAACCAAAUGAUGCGCACAGCCUGGCUCAACAGGUCCACCAUUUUGUUCGCUGGAAGGGAUAAGUGGACCCUAGAUGAGCGAGUGAGUCUGCAGACAUACAAUAACAGAGAGUACACCAUUAAGAUUAAUAAUGUGCAAGUUCAAGACGAAGGCCUAUAUACGUGUGCAGUGCAAACCAACUUGAACCCCAGGACCACCAAUGUCCAUCUAAUAGUUCAAGUUCCUCCCACAAUCGUGAAUAUAUCAUCGGACGUCUCGGUGAAUGAAGGUGCAAACGUCUCCAUUGUGUGUUUGGCUACCGGAAAGCCUGAACCAGUGGUGACAUGGAGACAUCUCUCACCAAUAGCUCAGGGUUUCCUGUCUGAGGAGGAGUAUUUGGAAAUCCCAGCAAUUACCAAGCAGAGCGCUGGUGUUUAUGAGUGCAGUGCUUCAAACGAAGUCUCAACAGACAUCAAAAAAGUACAAGUUAUAGUCAACUUCCCUCCCUAUAUCUCAAAUGCUAAGAAUUUGGGGGUCGCAGUGGGUCAGAAAGGGAUUUUGCGUUGUGAAGCAAUCGCUGUGCCAACCGCAGCUUUUGAGUGGUACAUAGAAGACAGAAGGAUCUUCAAUGGAUUAAAUGGGAUUCAGAUUCAGAACAAGGGCAGGCUGUCCAUGCUUACCUUUUUCAAUGUGUCUGAGGAGGAUUAUGGCAACUACACCUGCAUGGCAACGAACAAACUAGGGAACGUAACUACAAGCUUAAUACUGUAUGAAACAAAUGAGCCCACAAGCUCAACACUGGUGCAAGAGAAGACAACAUCUACAAAGUAUGCAAUACUGAGAGAUCUUGGAGCAGCGCAGGAUGGGAAGAGCAGUGGCACAGGAAUUCAUGCCUCGGCCUACCUGUUGAUGAUUCUCUGUGUGCAGCUCCUGCUCAAAUUUUGAUGCAAAACUAUCUCCGAGGGGCAGCGUCCGGUUUCUUUCUUUUCAGCACCACAGACUUUUGCACAAAGCAGGAGACCCAAUCUUCAAUUUUGAAAUUGCAAAAAUACAAUACGUUUUUUCUUUUUGUCAGUUUGAAAGUCUGUGUACAGAAGAUGACUGCCCUCUUUGUUGCUGCAAUCGAACGCCCCCAUUGUACCAUGGUCUAAAAAAAAAGGCUGUUAAUGUUUUUGUUUGUUUGAUUUUGUUUUUGAUUUUAUUGUUAACCACUGACAUCUGCAGUGGGCAGUAGUAUGUAGGAAAAAACGAAAGUUUUCUCCUCAAUAUUAUACAUGGUGGUAUUUUUAAGUGAUGAGUGCUAUAUUCCUUUUUAGUAAUAUGAUGAAAUAUUUUCAGAGUAUAGAUAUUGAAGAUAAAAAGUAUAUGAUAUAUUGUUGCUACUAAGUGAAUUUCCAUACUACAAGCAAUUGAAAAGGCAUAUGUAUUGCUUGUUUGGUACCUGUGUCAAACCGGCAAAACAUUAUACAUUUUAUCAAACUAACUAAUGCUGGCAACUCAGGGCUUAUGGUUUCAGAUCCAUUUUGCAUUUAUAUCAUCAAUUCAGUUUUCAAAAUAACAAUCUAGAUGUGGCUUUUUUUAAACAGUAACAUGUUGUUCACCAUCCCAAGCUACCGAAUUUCUAGAAAUCGGUUUCUGCAUAAUCUAUUUCUAUGUAAAAAAAAUAGAUAGAAUAACCUGUCUUCAGUUACUGUAUCGACUGAUAAAUGUACCCUCAUUGAUGUCAGCUGCUUCACUGUAUGCACAGUAGAUCAAUUACCUUUUGACCAGACACAUUUUAUUGUAAAUAAGGGAUACACAUUAUGAUUUGUUAACGUUUUCUUUGAUGUACAUUCUUAUUCAACAUUAUAAAGUAUAUGCCAGUGGACCAAAACAUUAACAUUGUGCUAAUUAUUAUUAUUAUUUUUUUUAGUAACCUGCAUGAUAAAUAUGUCCUGCAAUAAUGGAAUGCCAGAAUAUAAUAAACAAUGUUAUAGUUUUAAAAUGCGAGACCACAAUUUUAAGAUACAAUAAAGAAAUACAAAAAAAACAGAUCAAGGGAAACAUGUAAAACACCUUUAUCAAUAUCCCUACCAGAAUAAAACCCAUAAGCCAUGUGGAGCAAAGGGCCAUUGGUUCAGCUGUAAUUUCAUUUUAAAUUGAGGUGUUAAUCCUCACAAAGAUCACCACGGAUGACCACACCAAGGAGAAGGAAUAUUCCCCUUAGCAAUGUUCUUUAUCAACAGCUGCAGCACUGAUUGUCUUUGAUAAGAACAUACGCUCAUCAGCGCCAACGCUAAUGGCAAUAUGGCUGUCAAUGCUGCUGGUAUCUGCAGUUCAUUCUACUUCUGAACCUGAUAAUGUGUAACAUACGCCCAUUGUUCCCAUGCUGCCGAAACAGACGCGUAUCAAGUGCUGGAAUAUGCAGGGUGCUCUGGGUCACCUUUACAUUUGUCACCCAAACUGAUUAUUGUAUUUGAAACCUGGUAAAAUAAAAAAUGCAGUAAUUCAAUCCACAGUACUUUAUUAAACACUGUUCAGCAUUCCAUGAAACAACCUGUGUCUGUGGAAAUUUCAGCUUCAGUUUCAGCACCUCGGUUUUACUGGCUCAUUCAUUUGGCACCAUUUUCACUGAGGUGUCUGCAACCAUUGAAAUAAGACUUAGACGGCAGCAAAAGCAACAUGAGUUGCUAGGAUUGACCAAUAAAAUCAAGGGGCUUAUUGAAAUGUUGGGACUGAAACUGGGUUGGAAUACCAGCUCGUUUUAUCACCAUAUGCAAAAUAUACUGGGAAUAAUGUCUGUGCAGCGAUGCUGCACUGGAGUUUGUUGUUCAGAGAAUAUGGGCUUGUCCUGAUUUGGUCUGGACUUGACCUUUGUUGGUCCUGGAAUUAAACUCCAUCAUUUGCAUAUCUGUGUUUGAAUGAUUUUUAUCCAAGCCUGUUCUUUUUAUCUGUUGCUAAUCACAGACACCCCAAUACACACCUGCUGUAGACACAUGUGGGUACCCUUUUACAUUAAAAUCAGUGUCAGUGGGUUCAUAGCCCUUUCGGUGGAUUGUAAAUGUCAUCAUUGCAUGCUAGUAACAUGAAAUGUGCCCUAAAAAGAGCCUAGUGUCAUUUCAUGGUUGCACUGCAGUCAUGCAGAUCGGUAUGCUAGCCAUUACUUUGAUUUCGUAGCUGACAGUCACAAAUCGGUAUUCUUUACAUGUCACAAAAUCCAUACUGCAAAAUGGUAGAGGCCAGCAUUUAAUAUAAGCUUUUUUUUAGUGAACAGCUUUUUUUUUUUUUACUUCAAAGUAGCUGUUAUCUUUCCUGUAAUGACUGCCACAUCUUUCAUGUGUACAGUGUUUAGUAGUGCAUGUAACUAUCUUAAUGUCUCUUGAGACGGGCCGAUAUGGAGGUAUGUCCAACAACAACCAUCAGCUACAAAUGGGCUUGAACUUGUUGGUGUUUAUUUUUUUGCCAAAAAGACUGAGGGGGUAGAAGUACUAAGAUGGGCCCGUCGCAUGCGCAAACAGAUUGCAGUUUGCAUUUUCGUUGCGACAGUUCACAAGGUAUACAUUUUGUCGUCCGUACUAAGAGAAAAUACUUUAUUGAAGAGAGCCACAAUAUACUCAUUUAAAUAUAUGUUGCAUCCUCUUAGUGAGAUCUCUAGCACUGCAAGUCAUGUAACGAAUAAAUAGUGAAAGGCAGUUUAAUCCCAUCAGAUUCUAUAGUGGGGCCCCACCUUCACCCCCUGUUUCUAUCAAAAAGCUUUUCAUAAUCACACAGUAGCCCCUCGCUAAUCCGGACGUGUUUCACCAUCAUAACGAGGUGUCGUCAGUGGUAGGCUGCUACCUCACAAGGGUGGAGAUUAAUAGUACAGCAUGCUCACAGUUUCUUUGAUUGGUAAAAUACUGUAUGUAUGGGUGGAUGAUUUUUUUUAGAAUACAGAUGUGUAAAGGAACUGCAUGGAAAACUAUACUGUGCACAUCUUCUAAUACAUUGUUUUGUAAUUAUAUCUCACAAAGCAGAUGAAGUGCAGACUUUAAUUCAGUUUUCUUGUGGAGUUUUGGCAUGUAAAAAAGUAUGUAUUUGUCAUUUCUGUCAUUGGUUUAAAUAGGCCAUCGUGAGACAUUCUAAAACUCUGUGGACCUUGAGAUCAUCUAUAGCUAUUCAUUGUUGUGAAGAGUGAGGUUAUCACUGCUGAAAUGGACAAGAUGCAUUGACUUGGGUAUUGACUUUCUUCAAGCACUCAUGUAAUCACAAGUGCUGAGUGCUAUCUUAAGACUGCUCAGCCAGCAUUAAAGACAAUACAGAUCUAUGCAUCAUGCGACUUGUCUCAGAUAAACUGUAAUUAUAACAGUCCACCACCAUCAACACUAAUGGCAUUGAUUUCAAAGCCUUUGGUGUCAAUGCCCUUACUUAUCCUUCUUCUGGCUGUCUUCCUUUGGCAUCCCCCUGCUGUGAUGAAGGCAGUUCCGUGAUCAUGUCAAGCCUCAGGAUUGGCAGCAGUGAUAUAACUGUAAUUAACAACAAUUUAAGCUUAAACGUCCCCUUAUCAUCUCCAGGUUCUUUACAAUAAAGUGCUUAGUGAGCAGCAGAGCCAGUUAAAGUUAAGACUUUUUUUAAAUGUUUAAAAAUAUAUGCAAUACAGUAGGUCUAAAGGAUAGAGAGCCAUAAAUAUGGUGCAAUGUUUCUUAAAGAUCCAGCAGACACCAGGACAAUGAGCUUAACUACUGGUAGGUCCACUGUGACAGUGUUUCGUGUGUGGGUCGUCAUUGAAUAAUAAUGAGUCAGACACAGAGCAUUGGGUGUUGACACGCCGCCCAGGCCCGCAGAUUUAAUAACACUGGUGCUGCCAAUAGGCUACCAGCAAUGGUAGCCCUAGUGCCACAUUUAAUAAAGAAAGCAAAAACAGAACAUAGCUAAAAAUAAAAGCUCAUUAAAAUAGACGUCCUGCUCCAGGAACCUACUACACUAUAUUACCCUCUCCAUACCGGUUGGGAUCAGCAUCCCCUAAACUAACCUGCUGCUGUUGCUCCCAGUGUCCCGGCCUUCGGGUCUUUGCGACAGUCCUGGCUGAGCAGAGCCUUCGCAGUUAAAGGGUUCCCGUAAUAAUUAUCGGACGCUCUCCUCUUCGAUAUCAACAAAGCAAGCUUUUGCUCAGCGCUCAUCUGUGUAGCAAUGGCAGUGCAGUACUCUCGAGCUGUAGCGCAGAUGUUUUUUGCGCUCCACACCGCCUCCCCGGGCACGCUCCCCAGCCAAUCCGGACCUCCUGAUCAGCUCAGCGCAGGGCGAGUCUACCCGCUCAACUCCUCUCCUGUUACACAUCCCAGCUGCACACAUCUGCACAAGAACCUGUGACAGGGUCCUCCCUUUCACAUCCAAUGACUUGGCUGGCGAGCUACAGGAUACAAUUUGACACACUCACACAGCACGGGAUGAGCUUAAGGGCUUUGAAGGUCACCACCAUUUUGUAUACAUUUUAACCAGUACCAUUUACUAACACUUACUACAUGCACUUAGCACACACGUCUGUGGGUGUGAGAAUGGGUUACUUUCUAGAUCAUAUACUUUUGUUGUAAGUACGUGUAUCAAAUAAUGUAACAAAAGUAAGUAAUGUACAGUACAGUUAUGGUGCAGUUAAUGCAGUUUGAAGUGCAUCCAAAUUGACUCUUAGUGAAAGCACAUCAAAAAUGUAACAAAACCUAGUGAAAGCAUGGUAAAGCAUAGGUAAGCAUUGUAAAGAAUAGUGAGAUAUUAAUAAACAUGGCACCAGGUAAAUGCACAGUAUAACCAUGGGUUAAGCAUGGUAAAACUGCACAAUACAAUGGUAAGCUUUAAUACAGGCAUAAAACUGAUGCACAGCCUUCUCUGUGGCGAGCCAGGUUACUAUGACAGGGAGCGAUUUUAAACACUUCUGUCUUUUUAAUUGCAGGCUUGGGCUGGGUGUGUUAUGAGGCGAAAAGAUCUGUCUCAUUCAUUAUCAAGCAUAUCAAAUUUGCGAAAAGGUAUAUUGCAGGUUUUUAGUAUUCCAAGAGGGCUAGGCUAUCACUGCCAUGCUGUUCCUUUUCAUCCACCAACACAUAUAUUAUUCAUGCAAAAUUCUGUUUGAUCCGAUGAGAAAACAUAGUAAAAAAAAUCGGAAAACAUUCAUGUUAUCACUCAUAUGCUUUCAACCUGUGCUGAGAUUCUUUAACUGAGAUUAUGGAGCCUGUGAGUAAUGUGUGCCCUUUACAACAACAAAGAAAACAAAAUGUGAUUUCAUAAUUUAAACACUUGGUUUAAUGCAGGAUUUACUUAAGGGACAAGUUAUCUUGUAAUUCUUUUCAUCUAGUACUUUAUGUUCUAGGCCAGUUCCAGGUGUUCCAGUUCCAAAUUAUAAUCCAAUAUAGUUUCCAAUCAGUGGAAUGUUUAUAAAAUAGAUCAGCUUUUUGCCUUUAUCUGUUUUUUGUUUGAUUUUUUUUACCUUAGAAUUGAUCCCUGAACAGAUUUAUAUUUUGUAUUCAGAUGGGAUUCAGAUAUUUAACAUCUAGACCAUUUUGACCUGUGCUAUUCUCCUGUCCUGCGUUUCUAUUGAAUACAAAAAAAAACCCCCAUACAAAACACUUGCUAACAGUGAGGAAAAUACUAUUGGAAAAGCUUGGUUUGAUAUUCGGUUAUCCCUUUAAGUAGUAGAUCUUUUUUUAUUGGUCUCAAAUCUGUGGUUUUGAAAUGGAUCUUAUAAUAAGCAUGGCAUUUCAAUUUAAUGGUCCAGAUUUUCUUUCAAACUGGAGAUAAAAAAAAAAAAAAAGUAUUAAUUAGAGAAAGAAAAAAAACCUGGGGCGUCAUGAUGUGUUAAUACAAUUGCCUGUUUCCAUAGAAAAUAACAGAGGUCUUAAAGUGGCUCAGAAUUGUUUGAUUUAAUAGACAACUCCAGUAAUGGAGACAUACAUCAGAAUAUCACCUUAUGUUGUAAAUCCUGUAAGACUGCAGCCUUUUCCCUCAUAUUUUAAAGCAUUUGUUUACCUCAAAAAACGAAGCUCCUUUAUUCCUCCUUUAGUCUGCCAGUUCAAGGGUGAAGAUUAUGGAACACCUCUUAUCACGUGAUAGGUGCUAUCUGACACCCUGAUAUAUACAGCUGUAUAUAUGGAAAUAUCAUAAUAUUCUGCUAAGUAGUAGGCAUUGUAAGAUGGCUUAUCCUUCUUUAUGCGCUGUCAGCUGUAUCUUUGUUAUUUUAUUUAAUAGGAAAACUCUAGUGACAUGCCUUCAUUUCGCCUUGACGUCUAAUUAGACAGCAAAUAAUUCCCAGAGAACCCCCCCCCCCCCCCCGCCCGCCCCCCCAAAGAAACCAUGCAAACAUUAUUAUUCGAUGCCAGAAUGCAUGAGAUAAAUGUAAAACUGAUUUACUAAAUUCAUGUUAGAACAGAGCUUUCCAACCCUGGUGAUGGGAACCUCCUGUUUCUUCUGGUUUCCACUCCAACGGAGCUCUCAAUUACUUAACUAGACCCUUAAUUGAACUAAUAAUUUGCUUAAUUAGACCUUUUUAAUUGCUCUCAGCUCCUAAAAAGCUGCAGAGUUCAAGUUAUUUAUAAAAUGUUAUAGCCAACUUGAAACCUGCAACUGUUUAAGAGCUAAAAACAAGUAAAAUUAAGCAAAUUAUUAGUUCAAAUUAAGGGUUUAGUGAAGUAAUUGAGAGCUCAGUUGGAAUGAAAAACAGAAGAGACACAGAGUCUUGAGGACCAGGGCUGGGAAGCCCUGGGUUAGAUAGAUAGAUUGCAAUUAAGUUAAUAUCUUAUAACACUUAACUUGAUGCAAAUCAUUCAAUGCAGGGCUCCUGUUGCUCAAUUAAUGUCUCUUUAUAACCUAAUUUGCACAUGAUAACCAGACGGGACAGUUGUUAGUUUUGCAGACUUUAGCACUGUCAUAUUCAAUUAUAGGAUUAUUAUGAACUGAAUAAGCCGCAUGACCAUACAAUGUUAUGAUUUUAUACAUGGCACAUUUUGUGAGUUGCAUUUUGUUGCCAGGAAUGUCCUUCUUCCAUUAGAGAGCUGAACGUUUGAAUUAAUGGCAGUGUUUAUCAAAGAGUGUUGCAAUAACAGACCUUCUGAAAAUGACAUGUUGUUUUUAGCCAGCACACCCUGUGAUAUCAUGUUUGGCCUGUUUUGGUUUUUGAUGUAAAACUUAUAAACUAAGAAUACUGAAGGAUUAGCAGGUACUAUAUUGCAUUUCAAGAGAUAGGAAUCAAUCUUUAUCCCACACUCAACGUUCUGUGUCGGUAGUGAUUUUAUCGUGUUAAUUGUGAAGGGCAAGAAGCACUUCACAGUGUUAUAAUAAUUCUGUGAAUGCCCAGAUCAGAGAGUCCUCUUAGUCAAGCUUCUGAAGAGAUGUUAUAAUGUGGAGUGCCAUUGAAUGCGCCUUUCCCUUUUAGGUUAACUCAAUGAAUACAAGGUCUGGUAGAUCGUUCUGUACCGAUGCCACUAAUUUGAUUGCAUUCUUUCCCUCAACCCAUCAUAGAAAGUACAAAUUGAGUUUUUUUUAUUUGUUUUGUUUACUUCCCCUCACAAGGAAGUGCAUACUUUUUGAAACAGCAUCUGGGUAAGAUCAAGGGUAAGGCAAUGGCAAAAAGUGUGAGAGAGAGAGAGAGAGAGAGAGAGAGAGAGAGAGAGAGAGAGAGAGAGAGAGAGAGAGAGAGAGAGAGGGACAUGAACAUUAAUCGGAUUGGCAUGUUAUAUGAUACAGUAUCUGUAUAACAUUUGCUCUGGCAAAAUAGUUCUGAAAACGUGUUCGCUGUCAGAUUAGCAGCUGAAGGUUUUGUCACUUUUUUAAAAUUAAUUUAUUCACCCAACCAGGCUCAAAUCACACGUAUUCUGCUCACCCACAUGCACAUGAGAGUGCCGAAUUAUUUCUGAAUAAAAAAGAUAAUAAAAAUCAUUAUUAUGGAUGUAAACCAAGCCUCAGCAGCCAUUUUACAAUCUAGUGUGGAAAUGCUGUUGCUAGUGGAUUGAUGGAGAAUGCUCAGUAACACUGUUUCUCUGUGUAAUAUUGUAUGAUUUUAUCUUACAGUGUUAUUGACUGUAUUUUCAAUGCUGUGUUUGUCACUGUUUUAUAAGGAUGCAGUAAAUAAUAACUUGUAAAAAAUAGCAGUUGGUUGGAAGGAGGGACACACAUUUUCCUUUUUGUUGGGUGCCCAUUUCUUUCAUUACAUAAUCUGCCAAUUGUUUCCAAGACAUUGUCAUUUUUCCUUUCUAUGUCUUCUUUUCCAGGAUAUAUAGAAUUGUAUUAUUGGUAAUUAGCGGUUAAAUCAGUUGUUUCAGUUAUUUUAACGCAUGUAUGCUUCACUUUGUAAAUCGCUGUCUGUGAUGACGUAGAGUGAUAUACAAACUAUCAACACAAGAAGGGCAAACACAUUUGUUUAAAUAACGUUGGUAUUACAUACCCUACAUAGCUUCUCCUUAAGGUACAUCAGUUUCAUUAUUUCAAAGGCAGGUUCCAACCUUUUUAUUUUGUCAACCAAGUGCUACUCCAAAUCUACAAGCACAAAAAAUGAAUUCCAUGUUUCCAUUAAAAAAAAAAUGAUAGCAAGCUAUACACACCUGUUUCUAUAUCUCAUCCUAUUUUUUACCUGUAUCAUCUAAUGUAUGACAUGAUAACUUAUGUACAACUUUUGAAGAGGUAAUAAAAUUAUUUAAAAUGUU